AUGGAUGGUGACCAGCGACAUCGGCAUAUGAUCUUGAGUCCCGAUGAUCCCUCCAUGCAUUAUGACACGGAGUUUCAUGAGCAUGAUGAGUGUAACCUUCCGUAUUCUUUAGGGCUUCCUCCCUCAUGCAUGUCUUCCUCCCAUUUUGCUUGUCAUAUUUCGAGAUAUUCACCUGAAGAAUGGCUUUCAAAUUUCCAUAACAUCUCUGAUCUAUCAUUUCUCCCGCAACACAUUCGCAUCGAUCUUUUCCUGAUAAACUCGAAAGCUUGGAGAGUAACCAGGAAGAUUCUAAAACUUGUUGUGGCAACUGGGAAGGAGGAAAUCCUUUCUAUAAUUCAAGCACAUAAUAAUAUCCUUCCCAUUAGAUACUCAGGAAAGCUUUUAUAA